GUGGAGGGAGGGAGGGGUGUGUCCUGCUGCCCGCGCCUUCCCUCCACCCCGCGGUCCCGCCGCCACACGCCGCCGGAGCUCGGACCAGACGCCUGCCCGUCUUCCUCAUCCCUCUCUGCGGCCGCGAAGCCCGGACCCGGCGGGAACCCCGCGCUCACCAUGUCGGUCGCGCUCAGCAACAGGUUCCAAGGAGGGAAGGCGUUCGGCAUGCUCAAAGCCCGGCAGGAGAGGAGGCUGGCCGAGAUCAACCGGAACCCACGUGCCAUCCCUAGUGGGAAGAGCUGGACUUGGCUGGCUGGGCAUCUCUGCCCAGGCCCCUCUGCUGGCAAUGGAGGACCUCUGAGACCUGACCCAGGCACUUUGCAGGAGUUUCUCUGUGACCAGAAGUACAGUGAUGAAGAGAACCUGCCGGAGAAGCUGGCAGCCUUCAAAGAGAAGUACAUGGAGUUUGACCUGAACAAUGAGGGCGAGAUUGACCUGAUGUCUUUAAAAAGGAUGAUGGAGAAGCUUGGGGUCCCCAAGACCCACCUGGAGAUGAAGAAGAUGAUCUCAGAGGUGACAGGUGGGGUCAGCGACACCAUCUCCUACCGAGACUUUGUGAACAUGAUGCUGGGGAAGCGGUCAGCUGUCCUCAAGCUAGUCAUGAUGUUUGAAGGAAAAGCCAAUGAGAGCAGUCCCAAGCCAGUCGGCCCCCCUCCAGAGAGAGACAUUGCCAGCCUGCCCUGAGGAUCCCUGUCUGGACCUGCCCCACCCUUCCCAUCCCUGUUCCUCCUCCUGACCUCGCUGCCCUCUCGACUCAUUGUGAUUUGUCUUAUUUGUUUGGUCCUUGUGCCCCCCCCCCCCCCGCCGGCCAUUGGCAGAAUCAGUGAUCUCUUUGUAAAGCACAAAUUAUCUGCCUUAAGGAGCUCUGGGUUGGGGAAUCCUGAGCCUUGGGUCCCCUCCCUCUCUUCUCUCCUCCUUCCCCUCUCCCUGUGCAGAGGGGCUGAUAUCAAACCAAAAACCAGAGGGGCAGAGCCGGGACAGGGAGACUGGAAGCCUGUGAUCCCCACGCUGCAAGCCGGCACUGUCCAUCCUUCCAGGAGGUCUCUGAGCCAAGUCCAGGCUUGCUGGCCUGGCCCUGGUGAGGACCUCAGCCCACUUUGAGGAGACCCUGGAGUAGGGACAAGGCUGCAGGGCCCCGUUAGGCUUUCCUUGGACAGCUCUGUGGUUCCAGCCCUCUUGGGUUGUCCAGAACAUGGCCACUCGGUGGCCCCCUCCCCAGCCGAUUCCCCCUCAGUCCACGCUUUUUCUCGUCCUCAAUGAGGUGAGAGGAGAGAAGGAGAGGGGCUUGGCAACUUGAGCCCUUCAAGAAGGUUCAGGAAGGAAUCCUCUGGCUUGCCCCCUGGCCACACCUUUACAGGCAACUCAGAGGGAGGGGCAGCCUGCCAGCCCUUGCUGGGGCAGCAAAGGGCUUCGGAGGUAGAGGGGAGGUCAGGGGCCUUGAAGGCGUCAGCUCAGUCUAGUCCCACAUUUUAGGAAGGAUGCUGGGGGCAACAGGAUAGGAGAAUGGGGAUUAAAAUGCUCAUGGCAAAAAGAGUUAGCACCACUGUUAAGCCAAGAGCUCAGAAAUAGGAGAUUGCCUUUCUGAUCCCAAUCUGCUUGAAACCUGACUGCACUUCCCUCAUUUGCCUUCCCAUCGUACUCACACCCUUCAUUCAUUCCUUCAUUCACUCAGUCAUUCAACAGAUAUUUAUUGACCACCUAUUAUAAGCUUUAAGUCCCCCCACUUUGUCCUGACAUGUGCUGUGUCCACUGUCUCUUACUCAUCUCUCUGUUUCCAAAUUGCCUAAAACCUUGAGCUUGAGGAUUGGAUUGGGGUCACUGUGUCCUUUAUUAUAGACUCACAGGGUUUUAGAGCCCAGAUCCACCCUGUACAUUAUCUGAGCCAGUCCUCUCAUUUCACAGCUGAGAAAACUGGUGGUCCACAGGGAUUAAGUGCCUUGCCCAAGCUCAGGGGUCAAUCUGGCAUGGAAGAUGCCCUGCCCAUGCUUCAUCUCUGCUCUCGGCUGCCUCAGUCAGGGAGGAAAACAAGGGAAGGGGCAGGGAGGGGCACACUCCCAGGUCAAUACCUGGGGAAGGCCCAGGCCAGGACUCACCCUUCCCAGUGCCUCUGAGUCAGCAUCAGGGUUUGGGAAAGGGCCAGGCCUGCCUUUGCAAUUUUGCCUUCCCUAGAGCUUCUCGGCCAAGCUACGUCUCAGAACUCACACAGGAAGGUGUCACACUCAGCCCCAUCUUGGCUGAGCAGAGACCCCAGCCUUGACCCCACCUGUGUUUUGGAGUCCCUUAUCCUGCCCGCUCAGGACAUAGAUGCACUCAUCCAUUGACCAUAUUUAUUAAGUGCCUGCUAUGGGCCAAGAGCUAAGAACCCAGUAAUGAAAUGGACAGACUCAUGGAAUUUAGCGUCCCGUGGUGAAGUCAGACCUAGACGAUGAUGAGUGAGAUGAACGUUAGGAAAGAGGGGGAUAUGGGCUGACUGCAGUGCAAUUCUAGGGGGCCCAGCUGGGCCCUGCACUGGGCUAGAGUCUUGGGAAAGCCUUCGCAAAACCUUAAGUGCAAAGGGCUGUUGGAACCAGUGUGGGUUCCCUGAAGCUCCUUAGUGACCCAUAAUCAAGAGCCCAGCUUGAAGGUGUGGAGCCGGUAGGGGAUGGAGAAAUGGCCAGGUUGGGUUAAUCUGCUGGUCUCAACCAGUUCAGGAGCAAGAUUAUUUGGCUAUGACUGGCUGAUCUUCAGCCUAAGGAGCUGCUUCCGUUAAAGUUUAAACCCCAGCAAAACAUUCCUUCCUCUAAAUGUAAAAUUGCACCCCACCCCGUCCCCUGCCUUGGUUGUUUUUUUCUCCUGAGAUCCUUACAUGAGCAACUGCCUGUCCCCGCCCCUUCCCACCACCUCACCUCUCUGAGACCUUUAAGCAAGGUAAAGCCUUCCUUGACUACCCAUUCUAGUCUGUACCUGUCCACCGCUCAGAAAGGAGGGCUUAUUUCAGUGGGUUCCACAGUUGACAAGACUGCAGGAAGACUCCUUAAGGGAGGAGAGCAAGUGAGUGUGUCUCCAGCUUCUGGAAACAGCAGGAAAGAGAGUUCUCUCAUUGGACAGGGGUGUCCUGGGAACCCUUACCAUUUCCUUCACCAUUUCUUAGAACUCAGCCCCUGGAGGGAGAGGAUCUCAAGAGUGGUCCCUGGAAAGGGGGGUCUGCGUGUAUUUCAGGUUGUGGCUAUUGGCUCUAGGACUCUUACUUCUCUGGCUAAGGGCUCAGCUUUUUAGAACUUCAGCUGUCUUCUUUCUGAAACACCAAAUCUAACUGAUGUAACCAGCAACUUGGGGACUGCCAGGUAUGACUUUGUCCCUGCAACUCAAAAGGAAGUGUGUUGGGCAAGUUGAGGUGGAUGCAGUAUGCGUGUGUGUGUGUGUGUGUGUGUGGUGCUGGAUAUCAUCUCUACAGACUGGAAAUAAAACAGACAAACUUA